AUGUCCCUGCAGGGCCGACUGCAGGCCCGCGAGGAGGCCCACGAGGAGGCCCGCGAGGAGGCGAAGCGGCGCGGGCCCGAGGUGGCCCGGGUGCUCCUGGCCGUGCUGGCGGGGCCGCGGUCCUCCUGCGUCGCGGAGACGCCGCCGCGGUCGUCGUCGGCGGCCCCGGACGCCGACGCGACUAACGCGGUCCCGGACGACCGCUUCAGCGACGCCUUCUUCCAGUGCUACGCCGACGCCAAGCAGCGCGACGGCGACGCCGCGUCCACGCUGCCGUGCGUGGGCGAGGGCGCGCGCGUCGGCCUGGAGUCGUUCUUCAGCAAGCGCAACCUGCUGCUGUCCGAGGGCCUGUCCCUGGUGCAGGAGGACGCCGAGGCCGGCGAGGGCCGCGAGACACCUCUGCCGUUCCCUCAGGAGCUGCCGCCCUUGUUCGACGGCCACCAGCGCUCCGUCAUCGACUCGGCCGCCGCCUACCUGUCGGCGCGCGCGCUGCGCUGGGACAUGAGCGGCCUGUACCCCGGCCUCAUCAUGCGCGUCGGGCCCACCCUCUCCGGCAACGGCUGGCUCGAGUUUGUCCUGGAGCCGCGAAGAGUGUACACGAACCGUGAGCUGGGGCCAAGCCGGACGGUGCUGAAGCAGGUCGUGCUGCCCUUCCUGCUGGGCCUCAAAGUGUCCGUCGCGUCCCUGGUGCCGCUGCUGCUGUUCGCCAUCGUGUUCCUGGCCAAGAAGGCCCUGCUCAUGAGCCAGCUGUCCGCGCUCGUGUCCGGCGUGCUGGGCUUCGGCGCGUACGGCGGCCCGGCCUACGGCGGCUACGGCCACCCGCAUGCCUUCGGCGGCGGCUUUGACGGCGGCGGCCUGGCACCAAACAGCCCCUUCAACAACCCUCUAGCCCCGGUCAGGACUUCGCCGCAGGUGUUCCCGAACAGCCAGCGGGUGCCCCCGCCCGUGGAGGAGGGCCCGCAGAUCCUGACGCUGGGGAGCACCCCGUUGGCGGGCACCCUGCCCCUGCCGGGCGCCGCCCCCGCACUGCCGUCCUGGCUGACCGGCUCGGCCACGCCGCACCACCUCUUCCGCAAGGUCAACUACGACUUCCGCGACGAGCGCCACGCCGCCACCGGGCACCGCAACACCAAGGGCUUCCGCUGGGAGGACGAGCCGGCGGGGCAGGCCGACGACGGCGACCCCCGCAGCGCCGACGAGCAGCGACGCAGCAACACCAUUCGGGGCACGCUCUCGCUGGGGUGA